UACUUAAAUUAAUUUAACAAUACUUCAUACUUUAAUUACUAAGAAACUCUUGUAUUACUAAUGGACUUAUCUUGUUAUUAAAACCUGAAUUAUUUGUUCUGAGAUAAGAUUAUUGCGAUAGCAUAAAAAACUUGUGUAGGACAUAAACAAUUCAGUUAGAAACCAUUCAAGGUAGUUUCAACAUCAUUUUUAAAUAAAAUGGGUGACGAUCCAGAUGCUAGAAGGUUUCCGCCCUACCCAUCAUAUUAUCCACCAGGAAUGCCACAUCCACCCCCUCAUUUAGGUCCUCCGGGUUCUCACCCUUCGUUUUAUCCCCCAACAUAUUUCCCGCCACCUCCUCCACCUAAAGAAGUUGAAAUUGAAUAUGUUCCCGAACCGGAACCUGAACCUGCUCCUAUUGAGUUAAUGCCAGAACCGGCUCCUACUCAUACUUAUGGAUAUGGAGGUUAUUAUUGGGUUGAUUGUGAUGUUUCUCGAGGGGUUUAUCCUGCGGCUAUAAUGGGAGGUGUGGAUAGUGAUGGUACUCAAAUUUAUGUGGGGAGAGCUUAUCAUGGAGGAGAUUGGAUCCCCGCCAAAGUAAUUCCAGAAAAAAACAUCGCUUACGUUGCUUAUGGUGGUAAAGAAGUUCCAGUUCAUCAUUAUCAAUUACUUUGCGAACAAAGAUUUGAAUGGGUACCAUGCAGUGGUGGAGAUAUUCCACCGAAUGCGGUUAUUGGUGGAAGAACCUCCGAUGGUGAACAUCUUUAUAUAGGAAGAGUGGAACAUGAAGGCUCUAAUACUAUAGGAAAAGUUCAUCCCAGUCAUAAUUCGCUUUAUAUUCCAUAUGACGGGGAAGAAGUUGCUUAUUCAGAUUACGAAAUUCUUAUUUUACGAUAAAUGAAUAAUAUAAACUGAAAAUAAAAGGACAUUAUAAAGUUGUAGAGUGUUGAAAAUAAAUGUUAAAAAUUAAAGUUAAAAUUUUAAUGUAUUUUUAAUUCCUGAAUAAAAUAUUAUGUACUUUAA